AUGACAAAAAAGAAAAAUGAAAAUAAUAGAGGUGUCGAUGAAUUGGCGAAAACACAGAAUUCACCAGCUGAAACUGAUCCGUUAUUAGAAUAUGAGACAACUGCUGUUGAUCUGAGAGAGGGUGUUUGUCUCGGAUGGCAGGAUAUUCGAGUGUCUAGAAAACAGAAGGACGGCGAAAUGAAGGAGAUUCUCAAAGGUGUUUCGGGACAGGCGCGCGCUGGUCAAUUGACAUUUAUAAUGGGAGGAUCAGGAGCUGGAAAAACGACACUGUUGAAUGUGCUCACGAAUCGAAAUAUGAAGGAAAUGGAAAUGAGUGGAACGAUAUUAAUGAAUGGAAGGGAAAUUUGCGCGUCCGAAUUGAAACGAUUCAGCGCUUAUGUGCAACAGGAAGAUGCAUUCAUUAGCGGGUUUUCGGUUUACGAAACUCUCGAUUUUGCGGCUAAACUUCGAAAUCCCGACGAACUUGACAGUGAUCAAAGAGCUGAAUUGGUCGAAAAGCUUCUGAUUCAAUUGAAUUUGAAAAAAUGUCAAGAUGCUUCGAUUGGAGGCGUCGCGCAAAAGUCGAUCUCUCGAGGCGAACGAAAACGAUUGGCGUUCGCUUGUGAGAUCCUCACAAAUCCUUCUAUUCUGUUCUGCGAUGAACCAACGUCCGGCUUGGAUUCGUACAUGUCGCAUCAGGUGAUGAGUUCGCUUCGAGACCUCGCAAUUAGUGGAAAAACGAUAAUUUGCACAAUUCAUCAGCCGAGUACUCCAGUGUUUUUAAUGGCCGACGCACUGAUUCUUCUUAAUCAAGGACAAGUUGUGUAUUGUGGACCAGCAAACAAAGUCGACGACUAUUUCGCAAAGCUUGGUUAUCCGCUUCCGCUAUUCACUUCGAGUACCGAACACUUUAUGGCAGUUUUGUCGAAAAAUAACGAAGAAACCGACCAACACUAUGAAGCGCGAUUAAAGGUUUGCGAAGAAAAAAAUCGGUUUCAAGCGAAUCGAAAAUUGUUUGUUUUUUCGGCAUUAACGCAACAAAACAUUGAAGUUCACAAUAAUUUUGAUUAUCUCGGAGAUGCGAAAGAACAACAAUCCACUGGAUUUGCACGAUCAUGGCUUCAACAAUUUAUAUAUUUAUAUAUUCGCGCGAAUAUUCAAUUAUUUCGCAAGAAACGAUAUGUCUGUAUUAAAAUAACCCAGACGAUGGUAAUCAGCGGUGUACUCGGAUUGGUCUACUUGCAAGUGCCGAUUCACAGAAACUACUUAUUGGGAAUGAAAGGCGUCAUUUUCGCAACCUUCCAAAUGAACAAUACGCUGUUUAUGCUGCCUAGUAUGGUGGUUUUCUGGGAAGACUAUCCCGUCGUCGUUCGAGAAUUUCAAGCCAACAUGUACUCGCCAAGCGCCUACUUUUUAGCCAAAACAACGGCCGAUUCGUUGCAAUAUAUUAUUUAUCCAUUAAUCUUUUCGUCAAUAGUUUACUUCUUGUGCGGUCUGCCGCUUCAUCAAAAAGCAAUGAUAUCCUAUAUGGGAAUGUCGGUGGCGAUGGGAUUGAUUGUGACUGCCAUGUCUGCCGCCGUCGUUUCGUUGUUCGGAGAUCUCACAGUGUCUCUCAUUGGUGCUCCACUUAUCGGAAUUCCUUUGAUGACAUUUGGAGGCUUCUUGAUCACAUUCGACUCGAUUCCAUUGUAUUAUAAACCGAUCGCUUAUUUCUCCUGGUAUAAAUAUGCAUUCGAGGCUGUGAUAAUAGCAUUCUUCGAAAAUGUUGGCGAAAUUCCUGGAUGCUCUAUUAAAACAUACAACAUUGAAUUCGGAUGCUCCACUGGAGAACAGUUUAUCAAGGAUUUGGAUUUUUCGCCGGAUCGUUAUUGGUAUGAUUGGAUCGCGAUCCUAUUGAUAUUCCUUUUUUGGAAGUUACUCGGAUUGUUUGUAUUCACUAGAAGAAUAUCUCGAGCGUGA